GGGAGGGAGGGAGGGAGGGGAGAGGAAAAGGAAAGGAAGGGAAGGCGAGGCAAGUGAAAUGAAAGAAGCGAGCAGCAGAAUCAGCAAGUACCACUGUAAGGAGGAGGGACGGAGGGAGGAGGAGGAAGAGGUGGUGGUGGUGGUGGUGGUGGUCAUAGUAGUAGGGAGGGAAGAGAGUGAGAGAGUGAGUGAAGGAAGAGAGAGAAGUGAGUCAGGCACGGCUGUCUUCUGCCUGCUGCAUCCAUCAGCAGUAGGAGGGCAGUAGCAUCAUCAGCUUUCCUUCCUCUCUCUAUUCUCUUUCACACCCGCCUGCUCCUGCUCCUGCUCUUCGUCAAUCUCUUGAUGGCAGCAAGCCAACAAGCCUGGAGGUGCCGGUGGAUCAGACAUCCUUCCGAGCCUACAACACCCCCUCCCCCCUGCUCCUGUGGGUGCUCUUCUUCUUCUUCUUCUUCUGCUUCUUCUGCUUCCUCCUCCGCCUCCGCCUCUUCCUCCUCGCCCUCCCCUUCUUCCGCUGCUGCUGCUGCUGCUGCAGCAUCAUCAUCAUCCUCCUCGUCCCAUCAUCGGACCCCACCGCAAGCGCAGCCCGCGUGCUUAUGCUUGAGCCUGCUCUGUCAAAGCAUAAGCCCCAGGAGCACAUCGCAAGUGUCAUUGCGAGGCCUCUACAUCGGGCCUCAUUCUUCCUCCGCCCAGGCGCACCAGCAGCGACGAUUCAUCCCGAGCAGCAGCUACGGCGACGAGAUUGAGAUGAAAGACAUCGAGAUGAAGGAAAUGACCGCAUCGGCGUGCAGGUCGCUCGAAGGGGAUUGGCUGAGCAGCGUGCCCGGGCGGGACAAGGGCGGCGAGCGAGGGGACGAUGUCGGGGGCAUGGUGUGCAUCAGUCGCAAAAGGACUCGACAGAACGGGUGGGGGGUCAAUUCCGAAACCGCCGCGGCCAUGCUCGCGAUGCAGCACCAGCACCAGCAACAGUUCCAGCAGCAACAGCAGCAUGACGAAUCGUGCAAGCUUCCGGACCAUUUGAUCGAGAGCGUUCUGGCCCGCCUGCCGCUGCAGAGCUUCUUCCGCUUCCGCGCCGUGUGCAGUUCCUGGAACUCGUACCUCUACUCCAACACCUUUCUCAAGGCCUACUCCGAAGCCGGCAACCGCCUCUGCAUCUGGUUCCUCGUGGUGACGGCGAAUUUGGGGCGCUCGAGUCGCUACGGCCAGCGCGUCGUGGCCACCUACGAUCCCGAGUACAACAAUUGGCACCGCAUUCCUCUCCCGGCCCCGCUCUGUGAUCUGAAUCCCUACCCGACGGCCGCAGACGGGGGCCUGGUCUGCUACUUCGUCUACGAGAAUCGGUUGCGCACGCUCUUCGUCUGCAACCCGCUCACCAAAUCGCUGCGCAAGCUGCCGCUGGUGCUAAAAUGCGCGUCGCACAUCAGCGUGCUCAAGAUGGCCGUGGAGGAUCCCAAAACCAAUUCCUACCUGGUGUUCGUGGCGGGGAUGGUUCCCGCCGAGAACGGCGGCGACAGCCUGACCAUGGAGGUUUACAAUUCGUCCACCGAUUCGUGGACCAAGUGCGGCAUAAUUCCUGCCAAGUACCCCAAGAGAAAGCCCGUGUACGGGAACGGGGUGCUGUACGUGAGGUGCUACGAUCAGCGCAGCCUGUUGAUAACUUACGACAUGAAUCUCGGGGUUUGGAACCGGAUCUGCGCGCCUCUGCCCCAUACCCUAGGCUACGAGGAGCUCGUGCACCACCGCGGGCACGUAUUUCUGGUCGGGGUGCUGGAGGAGAAUUACAAAAUUGAGAGCGUGUGCAUUUGGGAGCUCCAAAACAAGCUGCCGUAUCCGAGCUAUGUGUGGAAGGAGGUGGACAGGAUGCCUAGGGUUUUGUUUUUAGAGUUCUUCUGCGACCGCGAGUUCUUCGAGUGCCAGGAGGACGAGCGGGUGCUAAUGAAAUGCUGCCUCUACGGGGACCUGAUUCUGCUCGUGGCCUUCAAUAUCAGCCACCGCGGCCCGUUCAAGCUCUUGGCCUACGACCUCCCGCACAAGACGUGGAGGAGAUUGCCCGAGUCUUUCCACGCGAACGAGUGCCGCACCCAUACAUUCAUCGAGGGGAUCAUCUACGAACCUCGGCUGGACGUGGAGGCCUGAAAUUCUCCCAUCCCUUCGUGGUGUAAUUACCAUCAUCCCCCAUUCUCCAUUCCAAUCUCUUUUUUGUACAUAAACCCCGACGACCUCCUCUCUCUCUCUCUCUCUCUCUCUGCCCAGGAGCGACAGCAGCAGCACAAUGGAGGUUUUUUCGAAGAUUAGGACUUUGUGGUAUACUUCCCAGUCAAGGAUAUUGUUUGCUAGUGCCGAACUGCGUCAGUAGGCUGAUAAAUAGGUACAUAUGACACCCCAGCCUGCGAGUGGGCCUGGCCAGGCAGUAGUAUAGAAGCAGCAGCAGCAAUGGUAGGAAACUGUAGAGGGACGGCAGAGAGCAGCAAAUUCCUCCACUUUUUUGAUUAUAAUCAUGUGGCAAUUACGCAACGUCGUGUAUCAGAAGAGUUCCGACCAUCCAUAGGGCACAUAGGCGACGCCUUCCUCUCUCGAUGAAGGGUUUGCAAAUUCACAGCAGCGCCGCAGAAGUUUUGACGAAGUUAGAAUUUCUGCCAUAGGAGACGGUAAUGAUCUCUAAGCCAUGUGAAAGCUCUCUACAAUUUAUUGUAUGAAAUUAAAACUAUUACAUCAUUUUGUCUCACGUUUUGCCUCCGUCUCUGCUCCUGAAUUCCUCUCUUUCUUCCCGCCUCGGAUGUUCCUCCCAAGCAUGCACGCAGGCCUCUCUUCUGCCUUGUGCAGUGGAUUCCGAAUUUUUUAAUCUUUUCUGUCC